GGAGAGGACAGCGGGACACACACACUAGCAACACCUGCACCUGGUCGCUCCGUUUCCAUUCAGAGAAGUCUCUCCCACUCCCACGGACUGAUCUCACACCGAGAUGCCGAAAGUUUGAGUGCCAAGGAUUUAAUUUUUUUAUGUGGACCAACAGUCUGCUCUCUUUUCCUCUCCUGUGGAUUUUUGCUUAAAACCCCCCCAAAACGGAUUAUUUCCCCUCCUGUAGGCAUUACCGUUGCGACACAUUUUCCCAAUGUGACCGUGACUCCCCACAACUUUUCGUGAAAGUGUCAUAAUCCCAGAUUUAGAUCUCUGUUGGCUACCUGCAUGACUGUUACCAUGACAACAUCUGGGGCCCAACUCCUCCUGUUGGCCUUAUGUGUUUACAGAGGCUCGGGCCUGCAGCAGUCAGCGCCACGAGUUCGCCUCUCCUUCAAAGAACUGAUGGACACUCGGGCGGCACGACCUUUCAGUUUCUCCUUUAACACCAGUGACUACAGAAUCCUCCUGAUGGAUCAGGACCAGGGCCGCCUAUACCUGGGCAGCAGGGAGUACCUGGUGGCUCUGGAUAUGCACAAUGUCAACAAAGAGCCUCUAAUUAUCCAUUGGCCGGCAUCUGCAAAGCGAAAGGGAGAAUGCCAGAUGACAGGAAAAGGAAGACAGGGUGAAUGUGCCAACUUUGUGCGGUUGAUCGAGCCAUGGAACCGCACCCACCUCUACACCUGUGGAACGGGGGCUUACCAACCCAUCUGCACAUUCAUCAACAGGGGCUGGAGGGCAGAGGACUACCUGUUUCGACUGGUCCCAGGGUAUGUGGACUCUGGGAAGGGAAAAUGUUCCUAUGAUCCCAAACAGGAGAAUGUUGGAGUUCUGAUUGAUGGUAACCUGUAUGCGGGGGUCCAUAUUGACUUCAUGAGCACAGAUGCAGCUCUGUUUAGGACCAUGGGCGGGAGAAGUGUCAUCAGGACUGAGCAGUAUGAUUCCAGGUGGCUCAACGAACCAGUGUUUGUUCAGAUCCAGCAGAUCCCUGACAGUGCAGAGAGGAAUGAUGACAAGCUUUACUUUUUUUUCCGGGAGAAAAGUUUAGACUCCAGCGGGGGUGCGAGCCCCAACAUCUUAGCCAGGGUGGGGAGAGUGUGUCUGAAUGAUGAAGGAGGCCAGAAAUCCCUGGUGAGCCGCUGGACGACAUUCCUUAAAGCUCGUCUUAUCUGCUCAGUUAUAGGAGAAGAUGGAGUGGAGACACGAUUUGAUGAACUACGUGAUGUCUUUAUUCAGCCGACACAAGAUGAACGGAACCCGAUGGUGUUCGCUCUCUUCACUACAGCAGGUUCUGUGUUCAAGGGUUCAGCAGUCUGCGUCUACUCCAUGGCUGACAUUCGCAACGUCUUCAAUGGACCCUUUGCCCACAAACAUGGCCAUAAUUACCAAUGGACAGUGUACAACGGCAAGAUUCCUUAUCCGCGACCAGGAACAUGUCCAGGAGGAACCUUCACCCCUGGUAUCCGCUCCUCCAAGAACUUCUCUGAUGAGGCGGUCAAUUUCAUCAGGGCUCAUCCCCUCAUGUUCCACCCCGUGUAUCCCAUCCACCGUCGCCCCCUGGUGGUGAGGACUGGUGUGGACUACCGCUACACUGCACUGGUGGUGGAUCAGGUGGAUGCAGUGGAUGGGCGCUACCAGGUGCUCUUCUUGGGGACAGAUCGAGGCACCAUCCAGAAAGUCAUAGUUUUGCCCAAAGACCCAACAAGUAUGGAGGAGUUGACACUAGAGGAAGUCGAGGUUUUCCGGAGCAGGGCUCCUGUCAAAACUAUGAAGAUUUCUUCUAAAAGACAACAGCUGUACGUGUCAUCAGAUGCAGGGUUGACUCAGGUGUCGCUGCACCGCUGUGGCGUGUACGGCAGAGCCUGUUCCGACUGCUGCCUGGCCCGGGACCCAUACUGUGCCUGGGAUGGGGAGAGCUGCUCGGCCUUCACUCCUUCUACCAAGAGGAGGAGCAGAAGACAGGACGUGAAGCAUGGCGAUCCUUUGAGGCAGUGCCGAGGCUUUAACGCCAAAGUGGAGAAACGUUUGAGAGAAAUAGUACAGUUUGGAGUGAAAGGCAGCAGCACCUUUUUGGAGUGUCAGCCUCGCUCUCCUCAGGCCACAGUCAAGUGGCUCUUCCAGAGGGAUGGGAAAAGGAAAGUGCUCAACCGUGCAGGGGAUGUUCUAAAGACCAACCAUGGUAUCCUUCUGAAGUCCCUCAAUGAAUCGGACGCUGGUCUGUACCACUGCCUCGCCACAGAGAACAACUUCAAGCACACGGUGGCCCGCGUGGCUCUGCGCAUCCUCGAUCGAGACAUUGUCUUGGCUCUUAGCGCUCGAGACGACGAAGAGGAAGAUCACAAACCUCGCAAUGUGCGACCUUACCCUCAGUCGUCCUUUAGCUCUACACCCUUCCCACCUGAGAUCAGACUGAUUAACCAGUACUGCCAGUCUUACUGGGAGCAGUUCAGUCCACAACAACAGCAGCGCAAACGUACCAGCAGGCGGCACACGGAGGGCCAGGAACAAGGCCUUGGUUAGGGGACAUGGGCCUGUUUGGACUUUAUUGGUGUUGUUCAUGCAUGUUUGUGCAUCUCCUUCAUUAAUUCGACAGGUGAUGCUGUCAUGCUGUUUUAAGUACCAGAUUGGUGGUUUUGUCACAACAGUGGAGCGAAUACAUAUUGUGGAUAUCGUACACCACUCCUGAGCGUAUUCCAAUCGUUCCAGUGUACGUUUUGUCAAGCUUUCAUGUACACGUCAUAGUCACACUUACAGUCAUACAUUUUUUAUCUUUUGGGAAACAAAAUCUAAAACCUUAUCAUCAGUGAUCGGGGAAAAAAUGUUGAAUUGGCAACAAUUGCCAAAGGAUUUAAAUUCAUUUGCCUCUCCAGUAUAUUGUGCAAGCACACAUUUCAAACAUCUGUUUAGUAUAAUGAAACACUUUCUUCACACAACUGCAUGACUACUAUGGCAUAUAAUAACAAAGUCUGCACCAUUGUCUCAGAUUCAGACUACACUGUAACCAGGUGCUGCGAGCGAGUGUUUUUUUAAUAUGACUGACUCUCAUGUAACCUAUAUGGGACAAGAAGGCAGCAACACAAAACCAAAAGUGUGGUACUUUUGGGUAUAUUGAAACAAAUGUAAUAUAUUGAUUGUGAAUAUAAUAUAUACAGUCAGUGGAUUGUUGUAUUGUAUGAGGAUAUAAUGAUAGUGUAAAUGUUGCAUGCUUCUGUAUGUUGUUUUUGCUGUUCUUCAGCCUUGCUGUGUAAUGACAUUUGUAAGGUGUAAAAUAUUAAUAUUGUAUUGUCCAGCUAAGCCAAGUGGAUGUUCCUCCUCCUGUCCUGUCCUAUAGUGACCGCCCAGCACCCCAGUGGGUGAGUGAUGAGACAUACAGUGAUCUUUCAGUUAUGCACUUUUUCAGUGGUGGUGGGAAAUUUGGUAUGUUUGCACAGAUGUAUCAAGUAAGUUAAACGUUUUUUUUUUUUUUAAUGUACAGUGUAUUGUUAUAAAAAUUGGAAUGAC